AUGCCUCCUUCUUCAUCUGGCGUUAUCAUAGACAUAAGCGAGAAUACUCAUCCUGGGAUUGCUAGAUAUUAUGGAGGCCAUAGUAAACUAGAUGUUAAGCUGGAAAAGUUGGAGUUUCCAAAGGGUUCUGGCUUUUGGAAGUUCAAACAUGUCAAGAAUGGUGGAAAACCUUUCAAGAUUGCUAAUGUUACAUACAAAGACAAUGAGAGCAUCCAGCUCAGCGAACUGCAAAUUAAUGAUCAUGAUGACAUUAAACAUCUUGCAGUAUGGUACUGGAACAAUGACCCAGAUCUAGGUGCCCCUCUACUAAUAGAGAUAUUCAAAAAUGGACUUUACACUUAUCACUACAACAAGGGUAAUAACGAAUGGCGACCACUUCCCGAAAAUCCAUAUUCUAAGACUCCGCUCUCCGGCAAACCCCUCGAGGCUCAACUGGAAUAUCUCAACUGCCAACAUUAUAAAUCGGUAAUUUUGGAUCUUAGCAAGAAUAUAUCUGAAGGGACAAGGACGUAUUGUUGCGUUUACCAUAAUACUAGACAUAAGGUUACAGUUAGCAAGGAUUUUGUUACUGUUGAUUCUUCAUCCCUUCCAUUCUACAAGCAUCACAUUGGCGUCGGAACUACACUUUCUGGUAUAAAAUACUACCUAAAUGGAGAGACUAAUGACAAGAGGGGUGUAAAAUUAAGUGGAUACCCGUUUCCCAUUCCUGAUGUCAAAGCCGUAUAUGCGGUUUACUGCAAAGAUGGUGCUCCAAAACUUUUAUACAUAGAAAAGACCAAAGGCACAGGUUGGUUCAAGCAAAAUACUAGUGAUAUUUGGAUAGAAGUCUUGGACGGAGUUCCUGGUCCAGAUAAAACCGGAAAAGGUGGCAGUAGUGACGGCUUUAAACAACUUGUUGGCGCACUAAAUGACGCUGGUUGUCUAAGCCAUCAACCUUUGUCUCCCCAAACUUCUUCAUCUGGUGUUACUAUUAACAUAAAGCAGCAUACCGCUAAACCUGGAAGUACUAUAUAUCCUUCUGGCUCUGGUUUCUGGAAGUUCAUUCAUAUAAAGAACAGUCCUGGAGACCAGUCUUUUGAGGUGGAGAAAGUAAUAUUUGGAGACAAUAGUAAGGAUAUUACGAGAGAGAUAGGGAUUAGUCCGAAUGAUAAAAUUACGCAGCUAUCAGUAUGGUACUGGAAGGGAGACCAGGGAAUGACAAAUCCCCUACUUGUAGAGGUACUCAAAGAUGGAAAGUAUACAUACACAUCUAACAAGGGAGGUGGUGGUAAUAACUUAACUUGGCAACAACUUCCUAGAAGAGAUAGUGAGAGUUAUCCACUCCAGGGUGAAGCCCUUGAACAAGAACUUGAUAACCUGAACUGUUACAACAACAAUGUAGUUACCUUGAAUUUAUCCCUCAAAAAUCCCAAGACUUAUCGCAAUGGACACUCGUAUUGUUGCAAAGAACAUGGUUGUGGUCGAGAAAAGGUAUCCGUUAGUAAGGACUUUAUCACUGUUGGCUCUUCACCUAUUCCAUAUCUCAAACAUGAGGUUGAUCAAAAUUCAAAAGUGGCAGCUAUUAAGUACAAUGAUAGCAAAGGUGAUAGGAAGAGAAUAACUUCUAAUGGUCUACAGUUUCCCAUAGAUGGUCCGACUAGUAUUAGUGUCUUCUACUGCCAAAGGAAACCAGUACUCAUACAUGUCGAAAGCAAUGGAAACCCUAGGAUCAAAAGUUGGUACAAGCAAAGGGAUGGUGAUACAUGGGAAGAAACUUUGAAUGGAGCUCCUAAUCCGGACGAAAUUGACGAUGGCUUUAAACAACUUGUGGAGGAACUAAGGAGUGUUGGCUGUCGAAACCUGAAAACACAUGCUGAACCUUCUAAACCCUCAUCUCGACCAGGUAUUGAUAGUGAUCCUGGACUUAGAGGGCCUAAAGGUGAAAAGGAUCCACAAACUAUUACCUAUCCUGCUAUUCCUACUCCUGAAGUUAGACAAGAAGCUUCUCCUGGUUCUUCUGAAGUUCCUCAAACUCCUCAUAAACCCGCUGUUAAAGAAACUGCUUCUGGAGAUACUACUCCAUCCAUAUCUAAUCCUCAUGAUGGAGCUAUAAACCCUGAAGAUCAAGGUAAAACUGCUAAAGAUACCACUGAUUCCGCUUCUUCUCCUAAUCUCAAGAACAAGUUGCUAGACCUUCUGGACUACAAAAUCCUAUUCUUGCUCUUGAUUCUUCUGUUGCUCCUGAUGUUAGCAGUAAGGAGACGGAGGAGGAAAAAGUACCUUAAUCUGCUCCUAAAACUACUGGUGACUUCACCUCCCACCGAAUCUAAGAAAGCCUCUACAGAAGUCCCUCAGGAUGCUACUACUUCCCUCCUAAUAUCUCUGGUUCUGCUAUCGCUAAUACUUCUACCUCUGAAGCUCUUCCUACCAUAG